CAUGGACAGUGCUGACAACACUCAAGUUAAGCGAAAUUAUUAACUGAAUCGCCUGCAUCAUGAGGCUGCUACACAAGACGCUGCUCAGCGUUAUGCUGGCGGUGCUGGUCUUCGCCAUUUACGCGGCCGCCCAGGCUAAACCAAAGACGGGCUUAUCGCUGUCGGAGAAAGUACAAAACUUGGUGGAAAUGAACAUGAAGAAGCCCCUGCUACGCUUUAACGGACCCAAAUUCAGGGAGUACGUGAAAAAUGCCCCGCGGAACUAUUCCAUGGUGGUGAUGCUGACGGCGCUGGCGCCAUCCAGGCAAUGCCAGAUUUGCCGACACGCCCAUGACGAGUUCCAAAUCGUGGCCAACUCGUACCGCUUCUCCUCCAUCUACUCCAACAAGCUCUUCUUUGCUAUGGUGGAUUUCGACGAGGGCUCCGAGGUAUUCCAGCUGCUGCGUCUGAACACUGCCCCCGUCUUCAUGCAUUUCCCGGCCAAGGGAAAGCCCAAGGGCGCUGACACCAUGGACAUCCACCGCGUCGGUUUUGCCGCCGAUUCCAUUGCUAAGUUCGUUGCCGAACGCACUGACAUCACAAUCCGUAUUUUCCGUCCACCCAACUACUCUGGAACUGUGGCCAUGAUCACCUUGGUGGCUCUGGUCGGUAGCUUCUUAUACAUUCGGCGCAACAACCUGGAGUUCCUGUACAACAAGAACCUGUGGGGUGCCAUUGCUGUGUUCUUCUGCUUCGCCAUGAUCUCAGGACAAAUGUGGAAUCACAUUCGCGGACCGCCACUGGUGCACAAGUCUCAAAACGGUGGAGUGGCCUACAUCCAUGGAUCCUCGCAGGGUCAGCUGGUGGUGGAGACCUACAUUGUCAUGUUCCUGAAUGCCAUGAUUGUGUUGGGAAUGAUUCUGUUAAUCGAAUCGGGAACUCCAAAGAGCCAUAACAAAAACAGAAUAAUGGCCAUGACGGGAUUGGUUCUCCUAACCGUAUUUUUCUCCUUCCUGCUAUCCGUUUUUCGAUCCAAGGCGCAGGGCUAUCCUUAUAGUUUCUUGUUUAAAUAGAAUCGACUGCAGCCCUGGUCCAGUUCAAGUUCCCAAAAAACCAACGUAUCGUUUUGUAGUUAAAAAUCCACAGCGAGCACACAUUUUUUUUGUGCGUGUAAAACUUCUCUUUAAUAAAUUCCACUACUAAAUUA